AUGUCAAGAAAUAUUCAAUUACAAUUUGAAGAUAUUAGAGUUCAUAGGGACGUUGAUAAUGAUUUUUGUCGGUUAAAGUCACCACCUACAAUAACUGAUCAAAGAGUGUUUCAACUUAAACAAAAUGAUCCUGAAGAACUACCAAGUUAUGCAUUGCGAUUACAUAAUAUUGAAAUUGCUUGGAUAUUCCUUGAUACUUGUGCACAUUUCUUUAAAGAAAAUAUGCAUGAAGCCAAAGAAUUUAUUUUAUCCGUAUUAACUGUCGAUAUCAUGAAUCAACUUUGGAGUAAUAUAGGUUAUGAAGAAUCUUAUGAGGUAUAUAUUGUGGGAUGUUAUUUUUCGCAGAUUCUAUCAGAUUUUAGGGCGUUUAUAUUACCUCAUAUCAUUCAGACGUUGGAAGAAAUUGGAUACCUAGGACUUGGAGGGAGGUUGUAUGUGAAAGGAAACAACUUGGUUUACAAGAAAAACAUGGAGACUUAA